AUGGCAGCUUCAACAGUCAAACAACCGGACGUUCAACAAGUCUUAGGACCUCUGUUACCCACACUACCAGCCGCCGCCUUGUCAGCCCAACCUUCAGAAAACUCUCUUCCACUUCUCUCUCCGAUUCUUAGGCAACGAGUUCAACUUUUAUCAUCAGCUAGCUCCGAACCGUGGAUUCGGCUACUAUGUUACGAACCAGGAAAUGUUCCUAAAUUGACAGAAAUCGCCCAGGGCGAUCGGUUACAACCCCAUCCCGUAUCUGGCGAGGUUGAAGUCGAUUGGGAGUAUGACACCGAAAUCCGCUACCGGAGGGUGGACGAAGAGACUCUACAAGCGCUCGUGUUACUUAAAGAUAUCGGAUUAACUUUCCGCCUGGUUUAUUGCAUUGGAGAUCCUGCAGGCGACGGUUGGAAAGUUGGCGAAGUCAAUGUAGCCGAGAAGCCGUCUCCGUUUUUAUCAUUUAGUGGCGUUUCGGACAUUAGCGAAGCCGAUAGGCAGUUUAAUGAGUCCAAGACGAGACCAGCCCAGAGCAGCGGCCUUACAAGUAGCCAAACUGCUCCUGUUAUGGACGACGACGACGACGACGAUGAUGAUUACUGGGCAAGAUAUGACGCGACACCUGCGAGAACUCCUGCUGUUAAAAGGUCACCUGCUCCACAAUCUACUCGUGGCGUCAGUACAACAGCUGAGGAAGACUACUAUGCUCAGUAUGACGAUGUCCAGCCAGCUAUGGACAAUCAUGACCCAGACGAGGAAGCAAAUUAUGAGAUAGCACCGCCUCUAGGUUUAGGCACUAGGCCAAGCAACGGCAGCGACGAGGAGGAAAUAGAAAUCAACGAAACCCAGGGUGCAUGGACACUUGCCCCUAGGCCGAAGUCACCUUCUGUACACUCGAGAAGUGGUGACGACCCAAGCAUAGUUCAUCCUUAUCCGAGACCUGCUUCAAGUACCGGAUCGAACGCUUCGGUUGAGAAACUUGAGGCGGCAGCAGCGAAACAAGAGCAGAAUGAUUUCGGCGUUAAGCAACAUGUAUCUCGAAGCAUUAAAAGCUUAUUCAUGUUGUCUCGUGCGUCAGGAAUCGAUCGCGAGGAGUUUGAACGACUAGUGAAGACGGAACUUGAUACCUUAGGACUAUUGGAAGAAUGA